UGUAGAUCGCAACCUGAUUAGAGCGGAGAGAAGUGUUCUCUACAGUUCUUGAACAGCACUCGAAGCAAAUGUCGUGUUCCUGUCCGUAAAGAACGUCAACCACAUCAUGCCGCGUUUCUUACCGGCUUUGCGUUGCGUAGGAGCCGCAGGCGCCGGUCCACCGCCUGACUGAAUUCAACUUUCAGGAGGGCUGCACGGGAUCAACACGGACGCGAGAAGGAAACCGAAAGACCUAUGCGUAUGCCCGUGUGAAGAUCGACGGCAGAGGGGCCGCCGUCACUUGACUCCGACGAGCAGCAUUCGCCCUACAAAAAGAACUCCGCCACAACAUUUGACCACGUGCAAAGAUCAAGAUGCAGACCUACGUGGUAGGCUUCAACAUUUUCGACGCGCGGGCGUUGGUGACCCCGGACGGCCAGCCGUGCGACCCGUUUGUACUAGUCGAGUGCUGCGACAACGAGUACCAGACCGAGACGAAGCAGGGCAAGCAGUCCAUCGUGACCUACAACGAGUCCUUCAUCUGGUCGUCGAUCCAGCUUUAUCCCCAGCAGUUCAAGGCGGCGAGUAUCACCUUCUCCGUCUACAGCCGCAACUUCUUCACCCGCAACGACCUGAUCGGCCGGGCGACGCUGCAGUUGGACAACGUUAGAAAUCGCAGAAACCACGUCUAUGCGAAAAAAUGGAUGACGAUCACCAAGGACAACGAGCCCGCCGCCUCGGGCGCGCUCUGCGCGACGGUGUUCUGUCUGGCCCCCGGCGACGUCGCGCCCUCGGUCGACCAGCAGGAGGGCAACGAUGACGCGGGCGAGGAGGGCGGCGGCGGCGAGCAGGACGACUACGAGGAUCUGUCCAAAGCGGUGCUGGGGGGAAGCAUUGACCAGUCCGGCGGGAAACCCCACCACGUGAUGGUGACGAUUCACCGGGUGGAAGAUUUGGCGCCCGGGUCCAACCCGUUCGUGACCGCGGAAUUCGCCGGGUCGCUAGUGACGACCUCUGUUGCGAAGGACGUGACCCAGCACACCUUCAACGAGUGUCUGACCAUGCCCGCCAUGACGCCGUUGUUUGAAGAUAUUUUGCUGAUUAAGCUCUGGAACCACGUCUCCUUCGGCGCCGACGAGCUGUUCGCGCAGGGGAUGCUUUCCUUCUCGGAAUUACGAAACCGCUCCUUACUGCCCCGCUGGUUCAACUUCUACGGCUACAACCCGGACGAGAUUCUCGAUUCGGACGUGAAGGAGAUCGCAGAGCAGGGCGAGGAAGUGGAGGCGAAUUGGUACAAGGGGAAGCUGCUCGUGUCCGCCAGGGUCGAGAAACUUACGUCGCUGGAGGACUUGCAGUCCGCCGGGGUCUCGAUGGCCAAGGGGUUCGAGGAGCCCGCGACAACCUCCAUCUGCAUCCUCGCAGACAUCUACAUGGUGGCGGGCGCGGUCGGCCGCGAGGUGCAGGUCGAGAUCACGCUGGGCACGCAGAGCGCGGAGACCGGCUGGGUCUACCCCAGCUUCGGCGCCGGUAGCGACCCCGCCAGCUCGUCGAGCGCCUCGUCGGCGCAGCAGGUGGAGCAGGACUUCGAGCACCCAACGACCUUCCAGUACACCCAGUCCGAGGGGCGGCCGGCCGUCAUCCUGGCUCUGAUGCCGGAGGACCCGAUUUCCCAACCGGAUUGCCUCAUCAACGUGUACAGCCGCGGGGUGAUGAGCGGGCGGACGCGGUUGGGGUAUUGCAAGGUGCCCCUGGCCAAACUGGAAAAGUACGAUCCGGGGAACCCGCGCAUACCGUUUUUCUUGCCACUGAAACCCAUGCCCUGGAACGGAAUGCAGAAACUGCCCGUGUCGUUGCUCAUGACUCUGGAGAAAACCUCGGACGAAUCCAGCACCAACAACCGACACAAUCGGAAGAUUGUGAAGAACAUGGCCUACGUUUUGCGGGUCUACCUGUUCGGGGCGAGGCAUAUCGACUUCGGGGGAAAUCAGGUGAAAGGACAAUAAGAAUAUACUCGCUCGUUGUUGUGAUUGUCUGGUGCUUCAAGCGAAUUCGGAUCUAAAAUCGCUUGAAGAAAUCUUCUUGUUUGUAUUACCAGCGCUCUGCUCUUUGAUCAUCUUGAUCUUCUCUUCAAAAACUGCUCCACAGACUAACCCCGCACUGUUCGUGCGCGCUACUUGCGCUGGUGCGAGCACGGAGACCGGUCAAAUCGCCGGGGACCUGCGCCCACAAUGGAUGAGGUGCAUGGAGCUGCACAUCACUCUGAUGACCGAUCAUCCGAAGAGGCCACCGACGAUGGAGCCGAUUACCGUGUCACUCUGCAAUUACGAGGGCAUGUUUUCGCAGCCGGUCAUUGGCAAGGCGAUCUGCAAAUACACCUACAUGCGGCAGAAAGACGUACUUGGUUACUGACCUCUGUUUGAUGUCAUUGUCAGCAUCGUAAUGACUAUGACAUGUCGAAGGUCGUCGUGAGGACUCACAAUUUACGGUUCGCUCUUGUUACACACAAUGCUGACUCUUGAUCUACUUCAGUAAUGGCUAAUAGUAAUGGUUAUGGUGCUCUGAAGAAUAAGAAUUCCAGAAGUAGCCGCCCUUAUAUACCUUUUCGCAAACCGCAGAUUCUCGACGAAUGGGAACCGUACCGGCUGGCGCCGCAGUGGGUGAAACUCUACGGAGGCCAGUACAACACGAAGCCCACGGGAGAAAUCUGCUGCGCGUUCGAGCUCUUGCGCAAGAAAGACGUUCCCGAGCUACCCCAGGCGCGCAUGUGGCCCAGGGAGGAUCUGUUGUUUCAGCGCAAUCUGGAUUUCUGCCGGUUGCGGAAGGCCACCCUCCACGUGAGCGUGCUGGGGCUCCGCGACAUGAAGCCGCUCCCGGUCUUCGGGGGGCUCUCUUCCGCCCCGGUGUCGAUGCCGACGGUGGAGUUCAAAGUACGAAAGUUGUUAGAGAACCCGAGAACCACGAAAACGGGGAAAACAAUUCACGAGUUCUGGAGCUGCUUCUGCAAGUACAUCGCCGACAAACCGAAGGGGGAUCCGAACAACCCGGCGGACAGGAAUAAGAAGUGGGAGACCAAAGUGGGCAUGAACCAUGAGUUCUUCCAGUACCGUCGCAUGAACAUCAUGCUCCCCGAGGACCCGGUUUUUCAGCCCUGGGUCACGAUCAAGGUCGGCGACGUAUGGCGCUCUCAAACGUCACAUUCUCAACUGUUACAUGAAUUUGGCAUGCGAAAUUGUCAUCAGCAUCUACGUGAUCAAGCAGGUACUCCGCAUGACAAACUCCCCAAGGCGGGCUAAGCAGAAUUAUAAUCCGCUUCAAAUUUCUUGUAAUGCAGAAUGCGCAAUCUUCCCGCUUUCACUUUUCCUGUUCUUGCAUGACAAAUUUAUGUAACAGUUGAGAGUGUAACGUUUGAGAACUCCAUACGACGGGCCGACGGGGGGCGUGACCGACAUUGCGGAGUGUCGGCUGAACCUGGGUCCGCUGCUCCCCUGGCUGACCGGAAAGUGGGAGCGGGGGCCGGCGCUGGAGUCUUUCGUCGAAAUGGACGAGGAAACGAGAAAUCUGCACAUUGGGGAGAUCCGGUGAUUUUUCUUUGUUAAUUUUUUUUUUUUUGCUUCACUAGCGGCCUCAGCUUGUUGUUUCUCGGCUCCUAUGACCAAUAGAGCAGUAGGUCCCGCGUGCAAGAAACCAGGCAGCUUCUUUUCACGGGGCCGUUCCUAUGACAAAUUCAAAUUAUGAAAAAAAACAGGAAAAGCGAGCUGGCGCAAUCCACUUCCAAGAACACGAAUCUGAUCGCGCCGCCGAAGAAAUAUCAAAUGCAAAAGUGUCUGGGUCUGGAAGAUUCCGAGAUUUGUCAUGCAGUUUUUCAAAGCUCCACCAAGUCUGGAAUGCAAGGCCUAGCGUCACAGGCUCUGCAGCCCCUUGGCCAUGCCCAUUAUGCAUGAGAAAUGCCCUCUCAGCAUGGCGAGAAAUGGGGACCUUUUGCAAGGCAUGCAACACAGAUUUUUGUAUGAUCCGCAACACGCAUCACAAGUUGCAUUCUUCCAGACCCAGACAUUUUUACAUUUGAUAAGAAAGUGGAAGAGACCAUGGACAGCAGCGGCGUGCACAUCUUGAUCUAUGCAUUGCAAAAGGAUCGUAGUCCUACUAGUAGAAAUCGCAUUUACAAAUUUCCUCAGCGUGAGAAGUGAAAUUUGUAAUGCGGAUUCACCUUGAGAAUUAGUAAAAUUUGUAGUGCAUGACUGCGAUUGCUACAGCGACUGCGAUUGUUCUGUUACAGUGCAUAUGAUGCGAAAAGCGGCGAAGGAGAUUUCCGCCAAGGGCUUUCCCGUCAAAACCGCUGCUUUGAACAUGAAACUCGGGCACGGCCAUGGCCGACCCCAGGUUCUCACCGGGGAUCACGCGAAUUCCCCGAGUCGCUUGAAUCGCGAUCCCGUUGCGGGGCUGCUCGACACGUCGAUGCGGGAUCGCAACGACAUUUUCCUGCGCGCCACGGGCGAAAUCCAGCGCGCCGGGGGUUCCGGCGGCGCGACAAGGGGCGAUCUGGAGGGCAGGUUGGAGGACUCCGGGACGGCGCCCUUCGUUAAUGACUUCUUCUACAAGUCCCUGCCGUUGACACGAAACCGAGAUGUGAUAACGCAGACGGACAUGGAGGCACGCUACGACCCGGGGACGUUUGGCUUCAUCAAGUGCGCCAUCAAGCUCACCGAGGGCCAUUUGGACGAGAUUAUCGGUGACAACAUCCACGGUAUCGAGUACGAAUCGAGUGCGAGCAGUUCUGCGGGCGCGAGCAACGAGCAGGCGCCGAACGACGGGGCCAACAGCAGCGCGGAGUCGUCAUCUAGUUCUGCGGAAGCAGGCGCUGCCGCCGGGCAGGUGGCGGUGAGAGCAGAUGGUGCAUCUUCUAGCAGCAAAAAUCCCCAGGAAGUCGGGGAAGACGCAGGCGGGGGGGAAGCUCUGCCCACGUCGCCAACAGCUGGAUUGAAAAACCUGGACCCGGUGAGCGGAAGGAGGCAAAGUCACGGCAUCUCACCGAUACUCGACGGCUUCGCGUGGGACGAAGACGCACUGCGAGAGAGGUAUUGAAUACAGUUUGUAGAAGACGCUGAAGCUUUCUUGUGCUUUCAUCCUAAAUAAAACAGACAUUUUAUUUGAGACCGCCCAUGGUAAAAAAUGCAGCCCUGCAAGAACACGAGAGAUGGUUGUGACAUCAUGAGUACGACCAAAAGGGCUGAUAAUUCCACCCUUCUAUAAUUCGCCAAGAAAAUGAAAAAUCGUCUUUUUAUCAGGUACAAGAGCUCCGAGCGCGUCCCGAACCGCGUCCGUGCCCGGCUUUAUUUCGUGAAGGGCAUUUGCAUUUACGGUAAGGCGAGCGGGUUCGCGAACCCGUAUCUGGAAUUCACACUGGGCAAGGCGAUUUUCGUGUCCAUGCGCAACAUGUUUUGCUCGAAUACCAAUACCCCGACCUUUUACCGGCUCGAGGAGCGCGACAUCCGCAUGCCGGAAGACUCGCAGCUCGAGAUCGAGCUGAAAGACCACCCGGCGGACGCGGUCAUCGGUUCCACCUGCAUUGAUUUGGAAGACCGGUGGCACAGCGACACGUGGCGGUCUCUCGAGAUGGUUCCCUCCGAGAAUCGGGGGCUGUGGACCCUGGAAAACGUGGGGAUGAGCCGGGGUUCGCUCAAUUGCUGGGUCGAGCUACUCGACUCCGUCAAAUCCUCCGAGCAGAAGGCGUCCACCCUCCGCGCGCCGCCCGCCCAGGAAAUCGAGAUUCGCGUAGUCAUCUGGGACACGAAGGCCAUUCGCAUCGUCGACGACGAUCACACAGACGUCACGCUGACCGCCAACCUGGAUUGCGCGGAAUAUUUUGGGGAGUACCCGAGUAUUCAAGAUACGGAUGUGCACUACGGGUCAAAGUCGGGCGACGCGGUGUUUAAUUGGCGUGUUGUCUACCCCCACAUCCGCAUGCCGACGAAAAGUUGCACCCUGCAAAUAUCUAUGCAUGGCAAAGGUAUCGUACUACGUAGUGAUCGCAUUACUACAAAUUUGCCCUGUGUGAGAAAUGGAAUUUGUCAUGCUGUUUUACCUUGGGAUGUAGAUUUGUAAUGCUGCACGCUUGCGAUAAUUACUACGAGUAGGAGAACGAUACUUUUGCAAUGCAUAACAUCCGUGUUUGACUACAACAUGAUGAGCGGGAACGUGUUCAUCGCGGACGUAAAUCUGGACCUGAAGAAGUACCUGGAGAAGGUCGCGCGCGAUAUGGACAGCAUCGAGGUGAAUAGUGAUCUGGACUAUGCAAAGUAAAUUUCCUGUUCCUGUACAUGUACAACUACAAGUGCGGUUUCUGCAUGACAAAAUUUUCUUUCAAUUCUAUUCAGCAUGACAAGUGGCAUGCUCGUCCAAGUUGGUGACAUUUGUGAUGCAUUUCGUACAUGUACAGAAAAUUUCUAUUGCAUAUGGAGUUCAAAAACGCGAGUUUCACCGAAGAAAACCCAGACGUCGGCCUCGGGUCAGUGAACAUCAGCAUGUGGGUCUUGAUAUGCUCUGCAAAAGUGUCGUACCCGUAGUAAUUGCUGUUAUACAUGACAAAUCUCCUUCCUAAGGUAAAACAGCAUGACAAAUUUCAUAUUAUGUGACGCUAUUAAGCAAAUUUGUAAUGCGAUUACUACUAGCGCGAUACUUGUGCAAUGCAUAGUUGACCCAGUCCGAAGCGGACGCGAUGCCGGUGGGGUUGGCUCGGAACGAACCCAACGUGAACCCGCAGCUGAUCACGCCGCUGGAGGGCCGUGGUUGGGGCGACGUGCUGGGGGGCUUCUCGUUCAAAAUGCCGAAUUUUGGUUUGCUAGGGAAGUUGAUGCCCGUGAUCAUCGUGUCGUUCGCCAUGAUGAUCGGAUUUCGGUACAUCGGACUGCUCUAGGAAAUGAAAAUUAUGGGCGUCAGGACGAGAAGGAGAACUUACUACGCCCGGCGGGCAGAAACGGGUUGAGAAAAAUCAUUCUGCGGCCGUCGUCGGAUGGAGUCUGGUCACGGAUCAUAUGUUUCACCCUGAGUACCUACUUUCUACGCGCUGAACCUAUCACUUUUUUCGUUUUUUCUGCGGAAUGCUUUCAUCAAAACUUUCACUUUCACUUGUACAUCACAUUCUUUGUUUUUCACUUUCGAGAUGCUUUCAAUAGGCACUAGCAACUAAAAACCAAUACUUUGACAACUUCUAUGCUUUCGCUGUGGAGGUCCAGGAAGACCUGGAUUCGGAUUUUGCAGCUCUGGACGAAAAAUACUUUUUUGGAUUUUCAAGCGCUUUUCGGUAUCGUAUCGUAUCGUAUGAAGAGUAUAGAAGGAACACGCGCAGACGCAUUUUACAAAAGAAAAAAGAAAGCAAAGGUCGUG